AUGUCCUCUACUCAAAAACACGUCAUUGUGAUCGGUGCUGGUGCAGGCGGUACAGCAACAGCAGCUCGAUUGGCACGUGAAGGAUACCGUGUUACUGUGGUCGAGAAGAAUGACUUUAAUGGUGGACGUUGUUCUCUCAUACACCACAAUGGCCACCGCUUUGACCAAGGUCCCUCAUUGUACCUGAUGCCGGAGCUCUUUAAGGAAUGUUUUCGUGACCUGGAUGAGCGUAUUGAGGAUCAUCUUGAGCUACUCAGGUGCCACAACAACUACAAGGUUCACUUUGACGAUGGCGAUACCAUUCAACUUUCAUCCGAUUUGACGCGGAUGAGACCUGAAAUGGAUCGUUUUGAAGGCGAAGAUGGAUUUGGUCGCUUUUUGCAAUUCCUCAAAGAAUCUCAAGUGCAUUACGAUCGUGGAACCUUUGUGGCCAUCAAGCGCAACUUUGCGUCCAUUUGGGACAUGAUCAAGAUCCAAUACCUUCCUGAUAUUUUUCGACUUCAUUUGUUUGACAUGAUUUAUUCACGUGCCUCCAAGUACUUCAAAACGAAAAAGAUGCGCAUGGCAUUUACCUUCCAAACCAUGUACAUGGGCAUGUCUCCUUAUGAUGCACCAGCGGUGUAUAGUCUCUUGCAGUUUACGGAGUUUGCUGAAGGAAUUUGGUAUCCACGGGGUGGAUUCAACAUGGUUGUGCAAAAGCUGGAGAAGAUUGCCAAGGAUAAGGGUGCUGAAUUCAAGUAUAGUGCUCCUGUGGCGAAGAUCAAUACGAGUGGACGCAACGUUACUGGUGUCACUUUGGAGAACGGAGAAGUGAUUGAUGCGGAUGCUGUGGUGUGUAAUGCCGACCUUGUGUAUGCAUACAAUCGCCUAUUACCCCCAUGCUCGUGGGCACAAAACACCUUGGCGAACAAAAAGUUGACAUCUUCAUCCAUCUCGUUUUAUUGGUCAAUGAAGCGCACCAUCCCUGAACUUGAUGUUCACAAUAUCUUUUUGGCUGAAGCGUACCGUGAGAGCUUUGAUGAGAUCUUCAAGGACUAUACCUUACCCUCGGAACCAUCCUUCUAUGUCAAUGUGCCAUCACGUAUCGAUCCAUCAGCAGCACCUGCUGACAAGGAUUCAAUUAUUGUUUUGGUGCCCAUUGGCUACAUGCGUGGUACAGAGCCUGAUCAAGACUAUCCACGCUUGGUGAAGCGGGCUCGUGACAUGGUGCUUGAAGUAUUGCAACGUCGUAUCAAGGUGGAUAUGGAGUCAUUGAUUGAGCAUGAAAUCGUGAAUGAUCCUAGUGUAUGGCAAGAAAAGUUCAAUUUGUGGCGUGGAUCUAUUCUUGGUCUCUCCCAUGAUGUAUCCCAAGUGCUAUGGUUCCGCCCAUCCACCAAAGAUUCCACUGGUCGAUUCGAUAACUUGUUCUUUGUUGGUGCUUCUACUCAUCCUGGUACUGGUGUGCCCAUUGUUUUGGCGGGAAGCAAACUCACAGCUACCCAAGUGUGUGAACAUUUUGGUCGAAAGGGUCUUAAGCCAAGCAAGCUUGUGGAGCACAAACGAGUUUACGAGCCUGAGAGUGGAAACACAUUGAUGAGCAGCUUCGUGACCUUUAUCAUUUCAUUGUUUGUGUUGCUAUUCGCUUUCUUUGUAAGCUUCCCUACAUCCAGCGUCUAUCCAACUCCUGCCGCUUUUAUCAAUGCCUGUCUUCCUUCCACUUUUCGGGUUGUCAUGGCCGCUGAUAUCGAAUAA